AUGUCUGUCCCUCACAAGGGCAAGGAGUCAAAAUCUGAAGUCCUCCAACGAGUUCCACACUCAAAACCUCCAUUCACACUAGGUGAACUCAAGAAAGCCAUCCCGCCCCAUUGUUUCCAGCGAUCUAUUCCUCGAUCUUUCUCCUAUGUCUUGUAUGAUCUUACCAUUGCCUUUCUCUUCUUCUAUGUUGCCACCAACUAUUUCCAAAACCUUCCUCAACCUCUUUCCUGCCUAGCUUGGCCUGUCUAUUGGAUGUGCCAAGGCUGUGUACUAACCGGUGUUUGGGUCAUAGCACAUGAAUGUGGCCACCAUGCGUUUAGCGAUUACCAAUGGCUCGAUGACACUGUUGGCUUGAUCCUACAUUCUGCUCUCCUCGUACCAUACUUUUCGUGGAAACUUAGUCACAGGCGCCACCAUUCAAAUACUGGUUCCCUGGAUCGAGAUGAAGUAUUUGUACCGAAACUCAAGUCUGGAAUCGGUGGGUUUGCCAAGCAUCUGAACAAUCCACCUGGCAGAGUUCUUGUACUUCUUGCCCAGCUGACCUUAGGGUGGCCUUUAUAUUUACUGUUCAACGUCUCGGGGAGAAAUUAUGAACGUUUUGCUUGCCACUAUGACCCUCAAAGCCCGAUAUACUCGGAUCGCGAGCGCACGCUGAUCCUUGUUUCUGAUGCUGGUGUUCUACUUGCCACUUAUGGGCUUUAUUGUCUUGUGGCAGCUAAAGGACUUGCUUGGGUUCUUUUUGUUUAUGGUGGUCCAUUGCUUUUGGUCAACGGAUUCCUAGUUUUGAUAACUUAUUUGCAGCAUACCCAUCCUGCACUGCCUCAUUACGAUUCCACCGAGUGGGAUUGGUUACGGGGAGCUUUAGCGACUGCUGACAGAGAUUACGGGAUUUUGAACAAGGUAUUCCACAACAUUACAGAUACUCACGUGGCACACCAUCUGUUCUCAUCAAUGCCACACUAUCACGCAAUGGAGGCGACCAAGGCAAUCAAGCCGAUUUUAGGGAAUUACUAUCGAUUUGACGGGACACCAAUUUUUAAGGCAAUGUGGAGAGAAGUCAAAGAGUGUAUCUAUGUGGAACCAGAUGAGGGAGACCAGAACAAAGGUGUAUUCUGGUAUAAUAACAAGAUUUAG